GAAGAAAAAGGAGGAAGAUGAGCGGUUCAAGCUCCGGCGAAAUAACUGUCCCAAAAAUCUCAGAUCAGAUUCCUCAUGAUCUCGUGACAGAGAUUCUCGCGAGAUUGCCGGCGAAAUCCCUAGCGAGGUUUGUCUGCGUGUCGAAGACAUGGGCAUCCACGAUUCGCAGUCGGGAUUUCCACAACUCGUUCGUGACUCGGUCAUCGACUCGUCCCAGUAUCCUCUUGGCUUUGUCGGACACCCACCGCGAUCGUAGGUACUCCUUCUUCUCGUUUCCGAUUUCGGACAAUGAGGAAUCCCCUUCUUUAGCCUAUCACGGAUAUAUGAAACGUCGUACUUUCAGUAUGUUUCACUCGGUUCGCGGCUUGAUCUGUCUGAAAUGUAGUUCCAGUCCUGUUAUUCUAAACCCUAGCUUGAGAAAGGCCGUGACCUUGCCCGUAACAACACCCAAUCUAAGACCAGAAGAAAACGACCGGUAUUGCUAUCUGGGAUACGAUCCGAUCGAGGAUCACUACAAAGUAUUGUCGAUAGAGACACGCCUAAGCUACAGAUCAGGAACGUGCAGCUUUCAAGAGAUUAGGAUUUUGACACUGGGCGAAGAUCGACUGCAAUGGAGAAAGAUCGAAGGCGGUCGUUUUCAUUUUCCCGACAGUCCCGGGACAUGCAUCAAUGGGGUUUUGUUCUACCGAGCUUAUAUUAAGCACGUGGGUAUUACCUUAGUUAGAUUUGACGUUAAGACAGAGAAGUUCAGCUUUAUCAACGCACCGAACCAUCAUCUUCCUUCGAGGCUUACAGAUUACAGAGGGAAAUUAGCCGUUUACGGACCGAUCCGACGUGGGUUUCUUCGCUUGUUCGUUCUAGAGGAUACCGAAAAGAAUGAAUGGUCGAACAAGUUGUAUGUCAUGCCACAUUCAUGGAGAGAUUUAGUCCCGGGAGGAGACGAGCUUUUCGACGCGAGGUUCACGGAUUCCGGGGGUAUCGUUCUGGCCCCAUACUUCACCCGGUCGGAACGGUAUUACGUGAUACACUGCAAUCCAGAGAGGAACAUUCUGGAAAGACUGAGUUUAGAGGACCCAAAAAACUAG